GAGAGGGCCAGAUCGGUGAGGGAGCGUCGGGUCUGCUCCAGCGAACCCCGUCCCAGGACCAUGGUGGAGCGGGUGCUGGUGCCGCCGCCUCCCGGACAGCCUUGCCUGCAAGGCUCUGUGCUCUCUUUGGUGUGUUCCAACUCCUACCAGGCAUGGUGCCAGAUCACCAAUGUGUCACAGCUAAAGGCUUCUUAUGUCACCCAUGAGAACCGGAAUUCCAACGGAACAAACCUGAGCAUUUCUACAUCUGCAGAGAACCAAUAUAGCCUUUUUCUAGGCUUAGUCCUGGCCAUAAGUUCCAGUGUUUUCAUAGGCUCCAGCUUCAUCCUGAAAAAGAAGGGACUCUUACAACUGGCUAGAAAGGGAAUAACCAGAGCUGGGCAAGGUGGACAUUCUUACCUGAGGGAAUGGCUCUGGUGGGCAGGAUUGCUCUCAAUGGGAAUAGGAGAGGCUGCAAAUUUUGCUGCAUAUGCUUUUGCACCUGCAACAUUGGUUACCCCUUUGGGGGCACUGAGUGUUCUUAUAAGUGCAGUAUUGUCGGCCCAUUUUUUAAAUGAGAGAUUGAACAUUCAUGGGAAAAUAGGCUGCAUGUUAAGUAUCUUGGGGUCAACUGUGAUGGUUAUCCACGCCCCCAAAGAAGAGGAAGUCACAUCUCUACACGAUAUGGAAAUAAAACUAAGAGAUCCAGCAUUUAUUUCCUUUGCUGUGGUUGUAAUUGUGGUCUGUUUGGUGCUGAUUGUGGUUGUUGCUCCAAAGAAAGGUCAGACCAAUAUAUUAAUCUACGUUUCAAUUUGUUCGGUAAUUGGAGUAUUUUCAGUUUCUUCUGUCAAGGGCUUAGGAAUCGCCAUCAAGGAGCUGUUGGAACGGAAGCCGGUUUACAAGGAUCCCUUUGUCUUUAUUUUGUUGGUGACAAUCAUAGUCUCAGUCAGUACUCAGAUUAACUAUCUCAACAAAGCACUGGAUACGUUCAACGCAUCUCUAGUGACUCCUAUUUAUUAUGUUUUCUUCACAUCUAUAGUAGUGACAAAUUCUGCCAUCUUAUUCAAAGAGUGGUAUAGUAUGAAUGCUGGGGAUGUCAUUGGGACACUGAGUGGAUUCUUCACCAUUAUUAAUGGCAUCUUCCUUCUGCAUGCUUUUAAAAACACCGAUAUUACCUGGAGUCAGCUGACAGCUACUUCUAAAAAAGCCCAGUUAUCUCCGUACGCCAAUGAAGAUAGACGUACCUUAUUAGAGAACAUGGAAUGUGACGAUGAUCUCACUUUAUUUAAUCGAAUGGACAGUCAGGGUCACUGAUCUCCCUGGAGGAGCCAUAUUGAAGAGGGAAAAACGAAUGCAUGCUUCUUUUAAGAACUGUUGAAAUAUUCAACUAUAUAUUUUCCUCUCCACAUAUGUGAAACCUAUGUAUUUUGUUUUGGAAGAAGAUACAAUGGCCAUCUUCAAUCUUCCUACCUAAGGUAUUGAAUGGAGCAUUGGCAUUUCAGUCUAACAUUCUAGACAAGUAAUUAAAGGUUGUUUUGUUUUGUUUUUACAAAUCAUUCUCUGAUGAAGCUUUUUUUUUAGCAUACUCAUAACAGUCUUAUGAACUACAGAUUGCUUUCCUAUUAACAGAACCAGCACAUAUAAAGGAGAGGCCAGCAUAACAAGUGUCUUAUAACCCUCUAAAAAUAUUUUUGUGGCAACUGUGGGAUAUAACAAUGUGGUCUUUUUUCAAAUAUCAAGAGUUCAGAGUAUAUUUGGUUUUGAAUUUUAUUUUUCAAAUUGAAAAAUUCUAAAGAGAACCUGUAAUCUUCCUAUGGGAUAUAUGCAUUUUUCCCUGUAAGUCUCAAAAAACUACUGUUGUGUUUUA